AUGGCAAUAUAUAAGCAGGUGUUUGACGGGACCCUGGGCAGGUACACUGGUGGUACGGUGGCGCUGCGUGAGGACGCAGAGCCUAUAUUCUGCAGAGCGAGGCCAUUGCCUUUGUCUAUGCGAGCGCGUGUGGUUGCAGAACUAGAUGCCAUGCUUCAGGCCGGCGUCGUGGAACCGGUGGGCCACUCCGACUGGGCUGCGCUGGUCAUUGCUCCCAAAGCAGACGGGAAAAUUCAUAUUUGUGCCGACUACAAGGUAUCACUCAAUCGAGCCCUAAUGAUUGAUAGGUCAUUCUUUGACGAAGUUAGGACUGGUGUAACUCGCUUCAGGGUCCGCGAGUCUGUGGCUAAAAGGGGUAUGAAGAGAAACAAAGAUGGCAAAUCUGUCCCCACUUCACAGAGGCAGGAAAACACUCAAAACAUUUCACAAUACGGUCUUACCAAUCAGCAUAUUGCCCUUCUCCAAGGGAUUACCCUAGCACCUGAAAGAAGGACUGGAAUUCUACGCAGUUUGGGCCCAUUGACACAAGCAAUACUUUUGUUAAUGGAGGAUAAAUAUUAUGAUAAACUAAGAAAUGUGCUACUUCUUCUGUAA